UUUCUUACCCCUCACCGAAUAAGCAAGAUCGAAUACACAGCAUAGUACUCAAAGGUGGAGAUAACCUCAAAAAUGAUGAAAGGCGUUCCUAGGUAUCUGGUAACCGUGCUCGUCUUGGCUUUGGCAUGCUCCCUUGCCUCUGCAUAUGACCCCAGUCCUCUUCAAGAUUUCUGCGUUUCAACCAACGAUUCUGCAUAUGGAGUAUUCGUGAAUGGAAAGUUCUGCAAGGACCCCAAGCUUGUCUCUGCCAAUGAUUUCUUCUUCUCCGGACUAAACAGUCCCAGAGACACAUCAAAUCCACUUGGAUCGACGGUCACUCUCCUGAAUGUGGACAAAAUACUAGGCCUCAACACAUUAGGCAUAUCCUUGGCUCGCAUUGACUUUGCACCAUACGGCCUAAAUCCUCCCCACAUUCACCCUCAUGGAACCGAGAUUCUUGUAGUCCUAGAGGGUACUCUAUUAGUUGGGUUUGUCACAUCCAACACAGAUAACCGUCUCUUCACCAAAGUUCUUAACGCAGGAGAUGUCUUUGUCUUCCCAAUUGGUCUCAUUCACUUCCAGUUUAAUGCUGGGCAUACCAAUGCCGUUGCCUUUGCUGGUCUCAGCAGCCAGAAUCCUGGGCUCAUCACCAUAGCAAAUGCAGUCUUUGGAUCUAAUCCUCCCAUCAAUGCUGAUGUUCUCGCCAAGGCCUUCGAACUGGACAGAAAUGUGAUUAAUUAUCUUCAGAAAAAGUUCUAGUGGGACAAUAAUUAGAGAAAUAUUUGUAAUUGCCAAUAAUUGAAUCAUUCGAUGGUUCGGAUGGUGCUUGGCAUGCAUUAUUCCCUUGUUGUAACAACAUAUCAAUAACUUCAAUGAAAUAAAUUCUUUUUUAUA